GAGCAAGAUACAGAGUUUCCUAAGAAAAAUAUAUAUUUAAUAACAAUUCUAUAUGAUUGCUUAAAAAAAAAAUACAUUACUAAUAUAAUUUAUGCAUCAAAAGCUUUGCAGUAAGAUAAUAUCACUCUAAAUGUAUUGGGUGCUGACAGCAAACAUGACAUAAAUUGACCUUGACUCACAAAAGUGCUUAAAAUAGCUUAUACACUGAGGUAACAGCAUGUCUUCACACCUGUGGCUGACAGUUACAGUAGAAGAGAAAAAAAAUGAAGACAGAGGGAGGACAUGAAAAGAAUGUCAGAUCUAGACAAACAAGCUUAGCCUGAACACACUGCACUGAAGCGGUGACCGAUGCACUGCUGAAGACUCCGUUGCUCUGUGUAAACAGAAGAUGUGACAGAAAGAGGUGCACACAUCUCACACACGAUGGCUGCUCCCACAGUUAUCCCCAGGAGACAUUCUAAGUCUACAAACAACACAGCUGCUAACUCACAUCCCAUAGGUGUAAAUGCAUUAAAUGGAAGAGACAGAGUGAAAACACAUCUGAUGCAUGCACAGAGAGAAGUUGACUUGGUGAAUCACUGUUUUGCUGAUGUGGAGCGUUUCAUGGCCCGUCUUCAGGAGACAGCAGAGGCUAGGAACUUUCUAGAGCAACAGAGCAUUAAAAAGAACAGCAAAAAGAAAGAAAAGAAGAAAACCAAGAAGAAGAAAGAGCAGGAUGAUGGCCCUCUCACACAAAGAUUGACGCCGCCAUCAGAACAGGAGUUUGUGGAUAUUUUUCAGAAGAUUAAAUAUUCUCUCUGUCUUCUGGAUCGCCUGAAGAUGAAAAUCUACGAGCCAACCUCAGAAGAACUCUUGCACCAUGUUUUCAUCCCUUUGCACUUGAUGGUAAAGACCACAGGUGGUCCUGAGUUGGCAGCAACAGUCUCCAGCCCCGCUAUGACCAGUGGAGCAAUCUCCCUACUACAGCAGAACCUUAAUGAACAAGAGAAAACGCUGUGGAAGUCCCUCGGCACCAACUGGACCGUGCCAUACUCUCAACUCAGCGAGCCUGUGCCUCAAUACACACCUGUCUUUCUGGAUGGUUGGCAGCCGAUGGCCAUAGACGCGUAUGGACAGCCCAUCGAGGACCCCUUAGUGUCCCAGCACAAACAUGAAGCCCAACAGGCACGUCUAUCUGUAUACCAGGACCGCGAUGGGAUGGAAGACCCCCUGCCUCCUCAUGGAGAAAGGCUGUACCGCUGCAGUUAUGACUUUGUGGCAAGAAACAGUAGUGAACUCUCAGUAUUACAUGGAGACACUCUGGAGGUGUUAGAGUCAUCAAAGCGAUGGUGGAAAUGUAAGAAUGAAUACGGCCAGAUUGGUUUUGUUCCACAUAAUAUCCUCGAGCCAGUUAAUCACGCAGAAGUUGACUCUUCCAACACAGUAUUGCGCAACCAGUCAAUGAAAGCUCCUGUUCCUCCCCCGGGUGUUCUGCCCAGUUCUACAGGCAAAAAUGCUUUCCGCCCUGAUCCACGCCCUCACAGUAUGCCACCAAUGGGAGACGACGGAGAUAAAGUAUUUUUGAAUGAUGAGCUCUUGCAGCGAUUGGCCAAUGGUAAAUCAGCAUCGAUACGCCCUGUGGUAAUUAACAAAGCAAAUGAGACUACCGCACCGCUGGACUAUCACUCCCCUCCAGCUGAGGUUCAGGGGUGGCUCAGGGCCAAAGGCUUCAAUGAUUACACUGUAAAGAGUCUGGGUGUCCUAACGGGAGCUCAGCUCUUCUCUCUGAUUAAGGAGGAGCUGCGUGCCGUUUGUCCAGAAGAGGGAACCAGAGUCUACAGCCAGAUCAUGGUGCAGAAAGCACUGCUGGAGGAUGAGCGGAAGGCCACGGAGUUGGAGGCCAUAAUGAAGAAACAGAAGAUGAAAGUUGAUCUGAAAGCAGAGGGUGGAGAAUUUUAAUAGAUAUCCCUCUUACUCACACAUUCAGACAAGCAUUUAAGCGGAGGCUUUAACAGACAGCUGUGGCAUGAAUUAAGAUCUUUUUAACCAUAAUGAUCUUUGUUGGUUAUAUGUCAUUGAUAACAGAUAUAUUUCAUCAUUACCACUCAUCAUAUUGAAAUCAAACCUGUAU